AUGAUGAGUGACAAGGCUGCGGUAAUUGCGCUACCUAACUCGGAGCAGUUCUGCUUGCAAAAUGACAGGGGUGAGCAGUAUCUGAUCCAGGUCUCUUGGCCGUUACAUUGGCAGGAUGAUGGUACAUCCGAUCGUGGACAGCUUCCCAUUAUUUACAUCGUCGAUGGCAAUGCCCUCUUUCUAACUGCGACGGAGAUUGCCUGGCGCCGUGCUGCUUCGUCCCAUUUUGCAGGAGGAGGCAUAAUUGUCGCGAUCGGAUACCCUUUGGCGAAUAAGCUAUACGACGCACGUCGUCGCAGCUUUGAUCUGACCCCGCCAACCGAGAGUGAGAUCCCUGGAUACGGUGGUGCGGAUCUUUUCCUCGAUUUUAUUGAAAAGAAUGUUCGUCCUACCGUGAAAGCUCGCUUCCCACAGCUAUCAAGCUCCAGGGAAGCGCUCUAUGGCCAUUCAUACGGAGGGCUGUUCGCCCUACACGCCUUGUUUACACGCCCACAUUCAUUCGAUGGCUAUAUGGCCAGUAGCCCUUCAAUCUGGUGGAAUAGCCGAUGUAUAUUGCAUACAGUGAAGUCGUUCUUGGAGAAGAAAAAGGCUUCUGGAAAGCGAUCGCCGACACUCAUGCUUUCAGUCGGUUCUCUCGAGCAGAAUCCACCUCAGUGGACCAACGAGCCCCUUGAUCACUAUGAAGCGCGCAAGCAAAUUGCGGCGGAUUUGAGAAUGGGUGAUAAUAUACUUGACCUCUGCAAAAUGUUGCAAGAUUGCGACCGAUUACAUACAGUCUCAUUGAAUCAGUACGACGGGGAAGAGCACACAAGUGUGAUGGCUUGUUCUGUGAGUCGAAGCUUGACCGUGUUCUUUGAGGAUUGGCCUCUGCCUCAGUAA